AUGUCGCGGGUGAGCGGCCCCGGGCCGGCCGGCAGCGAGGAGAAGCGCUCCUUCAGCAAGCGGCUUUUCCGCGGGAGGACGGCGGGCGGCGGCGCGGGCUCGGCCCCGACCGCCGCCCCGGCCGCAGCGCCGUCCGGGCGGUCGCUCGGCGGGUUCAUGAGCCGCGUGCUGAAGACCCUCUCCACGCUCUCGCACUACAGCAGCGAGCCGAGACGCGGCGCGCUCGCCCCGCGCCUACCCCCGCCGCAGGCGACGGGCGGCCUGGGCAGCUGCUUCCCGCCGGGCCCGCCGCGCAGCCCCGAGCCCCCGCCGCGCCCCGCCGGCGCCUCCGAGGCCGUGCCCGGCGUGGCGGGGCUGCGCAACCACGGCAACACCUGCUUCAUGAACGCCAUCCUGCAGUGCCUCAGCAACACCGAGCUCUUCGCCGAGUUCCUGGCGCUGGAGCAGUUCCGCGGCGGGCCGCCCCCCGCCGACGGGCCGCCGCCCGCGCCCGGCGAGGUCACGGAGCAGCUGGCGCAGCUGGUGCGGGCGCUCUGGACGCUCGAGUACACCCCGCAGCACAGCCGCGACUUCAAGAACAUCGUGUCCAAGAACGCGAUGCAGUACCGCGGCAACGCCCAGCACGAUGCCCAGGAGUUCCUGCUUUGGCUGCUCGACAGAGUCCACGAGGAUCUCAACAACGUGGUGAAUUCCAGUGGCAUGCCUCCACUCAAGCCGCCGCUGGAGGAUGAUGUGCUGCUUGAGGGCCCAGCCUUUCCCAUCAGUAGCACUUUUGUGCAGGAACUCUUUCAAGCCCAAUACAGGUCCUCCCUGACGUGCCCUCAUUGCCAGAAGCAGAGCAACACCUUUGACCCCUUCCUGUGCAUCUCGCUGCCGAUCCCUCUGCCGCACACCCGGCCUCUCUACGUCACCGUGGUGUACCAGGGCAAGUGCUCGCACUGCAUGCGCAUCGGCGUGGCCGUGCCCAUCUCCGGAACCGUGGCCAGGCUGCGGGAGGCUGUGUCCUCGGAAACCAAGAUACCCACGGAGCAGAUCGUGCUGACAGAGAUGUACUACGAUGGGUUCCAUCGCUCCUUCUGCGACACCGACGACUUGGACACCAUCCACGAGAGCGACUGCAUUUUUGCCUUUGAGACCCCAGAGAUCUUCAGGCCUGAGGGCAUCCUCAGUCAGAGAGGAAUACAUAUGAACAAUAACCUGAAUAACUUGAAAUGUGGCACUGAGCACUCCCGAACAAUAGCUUACUCUCAAGGAAUGGUGAAGUCUGGAAAACUGGAACAGUCCUCUCCUAAACUAGCAGCAAAUGACAAGAUUGUCUUGCUGGUGUGUAACAGAGCGUGCACUGGACAGCAGAGCAAAAGGUUUGGCUUACCCUUUGUGUUGCACUUGGAAAAAACAAUUGCUUGGGAUAUUCUGCAGAAGGAAAUACUGGAGAAGAUGCAGUAUUUCCUGCGGCCUGCAGCCUGCUUGCAGGUUUGCCCAUUCAGCUUGCGAGUGGUCAGUGUUGUGGGCAUAACAUACUUGCUACCUCAGGAGGAGCAACCCCUCUGCCACCCAACAGUGGAAAGGGCAUUGAAGUCAUGCGGACAGGGGGGAACUGCUCAUGUGAAAUUAGUGGUAGAAUGGGACAAAGAAACUAAAGAUUACUUGUUUGUGAAUACAGAAGAGGAAUAUAUUCCAGACUCUGAAAGCGUCCGCCAGCAGAGAGAGCUUCAUCAUCAACCUCAGAUCUGCACUUUAUCUCAGUGUUUCCAACUGUACACCAAAGAGGAACAGCUUGCCCCAGAUGAUGCAUGGCGAUGCCCACACUGUAAGCAGCUGCAGCAGGGUAGCAUCACACUGAGCCUCUGGACCUUACCUGAUGUUCUCAUCAUACAUCUCAAAAGGUUUAGACAGGAAGGAGACCGAAGGAUGAAACUUCAGAACAUGGUUAAAUUUCCCUUGAGUGGCUUGGACAUGACUCCUCAUGUUGUGAAACGCAGCCAGAGCAGCUGGAGCUUGCCAUCACACUGGUCACCUUGGAGGAAACCUUAUGGCCUCGGCAGGGAUCCUGAGGACUACAUCUAUGACCUGUAUGCUGUCUGCAACCACCAUGGCACCAUGCAAGGGGGACAUUAUACAGCAUAUUGCAAGAAUUCUGUUGAUGGACAGUGGUACUGCUUCGAUGAUAGUGAAGUUCAGCAGCUUUCUGAAAGUGAAGUCUGCAAGCAGACUGCCUACAUCUUGUUCUACCAGCGGCGCACAGCGAUCCCCUCGUGGUCUGCCAACAGCUCCGUGGCAGCCGUCGCUGUCCGAGCACGGUCAGUCCGGGCAAAAACCCCCCAGCUCACUGGGGAACGCAGCGAAGAUGAUGGAGGAUUUUCAACUCGACCAUUUGUAAGGAGUGUCCAGCGUCAGAGCUUGUCCUCCAGAUCCUCUGUCACCAGCCCGCUGGCAGUGAGUGAGAAUGGUGUCAGGCCUUCGUGGUCACUUUCUGCAAAACUGCAGUUCCGCUCCAACUCCCCAUCACGCUUCUCUGGAGAUUCCCCAGUACAUACCUCUGCUUCCACUCUGGAGAAGAUUGGGGAAGCUGCUGACGAUAAAGUUUCCACCUCGUGCUUUGGCAGCCUGAGGAAUCUCUCUAGCAGCUACUUGGAGCCCUGUGACAGCAGUCGGCGAGAGCACAGGACAGCUCGCAGAGCCCCGUUGGCUGUCAUGGAAGGGGCGUUCAGGGAAGGGUCCGUUGUAAGGACAUCGAGCUCAGACCUUUCAGAUGGCUAUGGUAAAAGCUCUGUGCAGCCAGACAGGAAUCACCCUGCUCUGGACCCUUUUGAUAACAACAAUCAAAUCGCCUUUGUUGACCAGAGCGAUUCUGUGGACAGCUCCCCAGUGAAGGAGGUGAAAGCCCCAGCUGGGACGGGGCUGGCUGCAGAGAAGGCACAUGACACCCCUAAGAAGGGUCACAGCUCCAAAGGAGCUACUGAACCAGACAAAAGUUUGAGGAAGGGAAGGACAGUCUUAGCUACCCAAGAGACCAAAGUCUCUCACUCUUCUCCUCCACUGAAGAGCUCUCAGAAAGCUUCCCGGUCUCGAAGUAAGGCAGACUCCUCGAGGGUCAGCGGGCGACACGGGUCUCCUGCUCCCACGCAGGCUAGGAAGGACCACAGCACAAAGCCCCUGGAGGCAUCUGUCCCUUCAGCUCCACAGAAGCAGAAGUCAGGUUCUUCUCCAUCCUCCACAGCUGCCAAGAAAACCCCAUCAGGCUCAUUGACUAAGGGCUCUUCCUCUGGGAAGAGCCGGACUUCAGAGCGCAGCCUCAGCAGGGAGGGCUCCAAGGUCAGCCUGGGCUCGGAUAAAACGAGCGUUACCAGCGGCUCCAGGACGAGCUCCCCGCGCAUCAGCCACUCCAGGAGUGACAGCAGGGCAGUGGACAGCAAGCACGUGCGCAGCUCCUCCAUGGCCAACCUGCGCUCCCCGAGCGCUGCGGCGCGCUCCGGGCUGAAGAGGGACAGCAAGUCAGAAGAGAAGGGUUUGUCUUUCUUUAAAUCAGCCUUAAGGCAGAAGGAGACACGGAGGUCGGCAGACCUGGGGAAGACAACAAUGCUUUCAAAAAAGACAGGGAGUGUCAGUUCCAAGUCAGGCAGUAAAAAUGUGCUGGAGGACAAACCAGAUAAAGGUGGUGUCCCACCAGCCUCUCAAACCAAUGCCAACAUUACUACAAAAGAAAAACUUGUCUCAAAAGAUGCCACAUCUAACAAACAUUCUCUGCUAUCCAGUCGCAAGUCCAAGUCUUCCCAGCUAGAUCCCAGAGUCCAGUCUCCUCCUUCCAGUGGCAAGCAGUCUGCUGACAAGCCGCUGAAAAAAUUACCUUCCAGCAUGCAGGUGUCUGUACGGCCUUCUCUGGAACCUCAGUGAAAUGCUGCAAUCCAGGUGUCUUUUCUUCUGCUGAGAAGCUAAUUUAUUCUGAGCUCUUGUUUUUUGUUCAUGUGCCUAAUGUAUGUUUUGAGGAGAAGUUAACUGCAAGUUGUUAAAGCGCCUUUGAUUCUGCCAUCAAACCAAAUAGCCACAGGCAGCCAGCACUGGUGCAAGUAGCCUAGCUGGAGUCGUUGUUGAACAUGAAUGCAGCUGUCCCAUAGCACUUGUACAGGAGUCUCUGUCGAAAGUGCAACAACUUUCUUCAGAUUUGAGGGUUGGGACCUGACCCCCAGUUGUACUGACACUGGUGUGCUUUGUAGAGCUGUGAACUGAUAUUCCUUUGGUCUUGUUCUGAGUGGGCUGUGUCCACACUGGUGUAUGGCCUUGUUCUGAGCUGUGGAGGAUGCGAAGGAAACUGGAGAGACUGUCGCUUCUUUCUGCUCUCAACUCUCUGUCCCUGCUCCCCUCCAUUUCCAAGCUUUCUAAAGGGCAAUAUUUCAACACUAAUGUUGUUUCUCAGGUAUAUACUCAGCCAGUAUAGGAGGGACUAGCAUUAGUGACGGACAGAAAGGUACCUGUGUGUCUCUGUGCACGUCUGUGUAAUAGAUUUCCUUUUUGCAUUCCAACAGCAGGAAGUUUGAAAUGUAACCUGCAGUUUUUGUUGCUAUGUCUGUGAAGAAUUUUGCUUUGUCCAUACCUAAGGCAACCUCUAGCCUGUCCUGUUUCACUACUUUCUUCUGAAAUGCUCUGCUAAACAACAGAAGAAAUCCCUGGGCAGCAGCUGCUGGCCAGCUCGUCCUGUGGAAGCAGUGCCAUGGGAGAGUUACGUCCACACACCUGGAUGGCCAUGAUACUGUCAGGAUGCCCCUGUUCAAACUCCUGGGAAGCAUUUCCUAAUGUGCUCAGACCCUUAUCGUAGUGGUGUAAUUAAGCCUCCAUUAUCUCUAGGGGUGAUGUUUAGAUCAAGUGUCAUCCUGCCCUCUCUGAGCAUGCUUUGACAGGCCCCUUUGUGUGGCUUGGAGGGGCAGUUUUCCUGUUCCCCAGAGUGCUGUACAUUCUUCCCUCUGGCAUGCCUGUCCCCUGCCCCUGGGUCUGGCUGCCACAUGUCCCUCAGUGGAAGGUUCCCCUUCUUGUUUGGACGACAGCCUCCACCAGGGUCAAAACACUACAUCUACUGAUGUCUUUGUUUACAUGCCCUUCUUACAGGGGAGAUUCCUCAAGUUCUGUAAGGUUCCUCUUAAGGUGGAUUUCUUAAGUCCUUUUACAUAUAUGUAGUGUAAUCCUUUUUUUUUAAAUCCAUGAGUUUUUAUUGAUGUGCUGCAUAUCCUUUAUCCAGAGCCUGUCAUGUAGGUUGUGGCAAGCUGGGCAAUGUGCUGGGCACGCUCUCUGCUGAGUGAGGUCUGUGCCUGUCCAGCCCAAUGGCAGAGCUUGGGGCCAGGGACGUGUGUGCUCUGUCCCAUCAGUAUAACAAACUGGCCUCUGCCACCUCCCUUGCUGAGGUCCUGCUUGCCCUGCAGGCAGCCUUGCCCCCAGGACACCUUGCUGCUGCUCUAUGAUCAGUUUUCUGCUCACCACACACCUGCAGCAAGCUU